CAAACUCCAGUGCGGGGAUUCAGUUUUAAUGAUGACCGUGUAGUGAGAUGUAAGAAGGCAAACAUAACAAACCCAACGGUUUUAAAAUAAAAAUGUUAAAUGGUCAGAUUCAGAGAUGCAAACUACUUAACUUUUGUGAGUUUUGCUGUUGAAAACUUUGAAAAAUUUAAAAUGGUUUGUCAUAGUCUUAAGACGUGUGUUCGAGUUAACAUGUCUAAAAACAGAUAAGGAGUUGGGAAGAAUGUUCCACCAGGAAGGAGUUGUGAAUGAGAAUGAGCGGGAAAGUGAUUUACUGCCCUUAUGGGAAGGCAGUACAAGAUGCCGCUGGUUUGCUGAACGCAGGGAUCUUGAUGGGGUGUAGGAGUGUAGGAGGGUGUGAAAGUAUGUCGGUGCAGAUCCAGUGAUAGUCCUGUAGGCAAGCAUUAGUGACUUGGAACUGAUACAGACUUCAACCGGUAGCCAGUGGAGAGAGAUGAAAAGGGGCGUCACAUGAGCCCUUUUGGGCUGUUGGAAGACGAGGCGUGCUGCUGCAUUCUGAUCCAGCUGGAGCGGUUUGAUAGCCUUUGCAGAAAGACCAGAAAGGAGAGCAUUGCAGUAGUCCAACCUUGAGAUGGACAAGGAGUUGUGCCACAUGCUCAGUGAGAUAGGGUCUAGCCUUUCUAAUGUUGAAUAAGGCAUAUUCAACACGUAUCCUUCAAAAUGAAGCACACGAAACAAAGGCUGCCUUCCAAGCAUCCUUCAGACUGAAAUGUCCUUAAGCGAAAGAUGUGCCUUCUUUUUGAGAAUCACCCCUAGACGUGAGUCGGGGAUGGAUGCAGGACAGGUGAAUUUUAGUGAUCUGAAAACAGAAAAACUUGCUAACAAAACAGAAAAAUGCCAGUCAGUUUGAGUGUAUGAGCUGGCUGGCAACACUUGGAAUUUUUGCUGUGCGCCAGGGUUUCAUAAAUGAACUGGGUCACUCAUUCCGCCGUAUACAUAAUCACAGAAUAUCAUAUCAAAUAAAAUGAGUUCUGUUGUCACUAUUGGCUGAAGUGUUACACGGAAGAACAAAAAAACAUAUUUCUUUGAACUUUGAAUGUUUCAGUGAGCGUCAUGGCGAAUAAAAGUGCCACUCCCUGCUCAUACUGUAAACCUGUUCAAUCUCAUCAGAUAACACUCAAACCUGGUUACACAUCCUGAUCUGAUGUUCGGAUUUGUUUCUUUGAACUCUGUUUUCUUAUUGAGAUCGAAAAAUUGCACUGUAUUUUCUGAACUUUAAUUCGACAAGUAGAUUUUUUUUAUUUGUUAAUGCAAUUUCUCGUCAUGCAUCUAUAUUUCCAAAUCCUCAUCGUUCUUUGCCUCAUCACUGCCUCCCUGCUGGCUUUGUUUUAUAUUAACAAUGGUCUUGAGAAAAAGGAUUCAUCUGACAUUAGGAGCCUCCCAAGUCACAUAAAAUGUGACAGUGGCCCUCGGAUCAUAGAUUUCCCCAAACCGCUUAUAGGGCCACUUUUCAAUGACAAUCCCUCUUGUGCCUGUCGAAACAAUAAUUUAUUAAACCAGUUUGUGCCUGAAAAUGAAUCGCAGGAUCUUCAAAAACGCAGAUUAGAAGAGUACAAACAACACCAGAUCAGGACAGGCAAACAGAAUGAUGUUCUUCUAAUUGCGCCUUCCAACACCCCCCUUCAGUAUCCCAUCAGAGGAUUCCGAGUAUUGCCUAUGAAUAAAACUCUCAUUCCUGGUCUAGCUGUACAAACACCAAACAGAGACGUUUACCAGGUGUCACUUAGGGUGGGGAAAGGAGUGCUGUCAGUAAUGGAUGUUCAGGAAGGACAGGACGUGGACGGACAGAAUGAGGGAAAUCUGACCAUCUCAUCCACCAGUCUUGAAAAACUCAAUGAUUUGCUCAGCCGAGUGACCUACACCAGCACCAUCUACCACAUCAAGACUGAAGAUCUCGCUUACUUUUCUUUUGAGAACCAUGAGGUCAUAUUCCCAAUCAAGAUCAGACGUCCGUCAGUUCCUGUUCUUUAUGAUCCGGGCAAAGAUAUAAACUCUCAGGUGACUGUGCUGGUGAAAGCAUUUUUGAGAUAUAAAGAACUGAGAGUUCUUAUUGAGAGUAUACGUGUGAACUACCCAAACAUAAAGAUCAUUAUUGCAGACGACAGUCUUAACCCAGAGAAGAUUGAUGGAGACAAUAUAGAGCAUUACAUCAUGCCUCCAGCACAGGGUUGGUUUGCAGGCAGAAAUCUGGCAGUAUCACAAGUCACGACUAAAUACUUCUUAUGGGUGGAUGAUGACUUUGUUUUCCUGAAUGAGACGCGUAUAGAGAGUUUUGUGAAGAUCAUGGAAGCCGUUCCUGAACUAGAUGUGGUUGGUGGUGAGGUUGAUGGAAAUCGGUUUGCCUUUAAAUUGCUCUAUCAAGAGGGAAACAGCGAUGAAGGCGGCUGCAUCACACGUGUCAGAGCAACACACGGACCCGUGCCGGGAUUGGACGGGUGCUUCUUCGUCGAUGGAGUCGUCAACUACUUCAUGGGCCGAACGGAUGCUGUGCGAAGGGUCGGUUUUGACCCGUUCCUCAAAAGGGUGGCUCACACUGAAUUUUUCAUUGACGGACUUGGAGGAUUGUUAGUCGUCACCUGUCAAGGCCUCAGAAUUGGUCAUCAGAAACGUGCUUCGACAGGCAACUACAAACACUUCAGACAUCCUCCAAAAGCUGAUUCGCACAGAAAACUAAUGCAUCAUUAUUUUAAGAACUAUCUAAAAUGCAUAUCGUACUGAAGGAGCUUCCCAGGUGAAAUGUUCCUCUCAGUUCCUCUUUUAGGUGAUCUGAAAUGAUCUUAAUCGAAUAUUUGGUGGUGUUCUGAAAGUCCUUAUACUGGGUUUGGUUACUUUUAAAAAAUAAAUUUGGUUUUAGAAUGUCCAAUUGUUUUAUUUGUGGUGACCUGGCAUACCAGGGCUCUAGACUGCGACCAAAAUGUUCGCAAAUGCGAUGGUUUUUUUAUAUUAUGCGAGGAAAAUUUUCACAGGGUCACGCAUUGGUGCGAGUGCGUAAAACGAAAUUUUCCCCGCCAAAGAUUUAUUUAACAUUUAAUGUGAUUUAUGAGUGGUGAAUGACGCGCUUGUGAAGAUUGCAGGAAAUAAUCUAAGUGCUGGUUUUUAAGAAAAAAGGUGAUAGAAAAAUUAAUGGGGGCCUGUGCCACAGUAGAGCUUUAGGUCUAGCAAAGCCCCUGUGUCGUAGUAAGUACAAUUUUGACUGUAUUAUUUGUGUACCCUUCAAAAAUUGCUCUUGAGAAAUGUUAUGUUUAUUAUCUGGCCAUCUGGCGUACCGUGCGUUUUCCCGGUGGGCCGCUAUUGUAUGGGGCCGGAACGGAGGCGUUGGCCGCUAAUGUAUGGGGCCAUAACGGACGCGUUGGCCGCUUAGACGGACGUAUUAUAAAUGCAAAUGCACGCAACGCGAAUGCAAAAGACACAUAUGCAUGCAUGCACAACACAACACCCCCCCCGCCCCAUCGACAGAUUCGGCCCUGCUGCCACGCACCAGCUAAUCAAAUAAAAAAAUAUAGCUACCGAACAGCCAAUCAGAAAAUAGCAUUGCUGUAUCCGGGUAAGAUUUAGAUAUCCCCGCAACAACAACGUUUACAUUCUGAUUCCAACGACACAUUCUGUGGCUAUUCAAAAAGCCGCUGAGAGGCUAAACUGGGAGUGCUGUGUUUGUGACGCAUCAAAAAAAAGACAUCAUCCAUAUGUUAAAGUGGAAAGUUUUCGGUUGGUUCAACAAAGAGUACACUUACUCCCCAUUCACCCCCUCCUGCCCACAACAGGUGAGCAGGUGCCUAAUAACCAAUUCCCACAUGACCACUCCCAAAUCAUGUGACAGAUUAACCAUUUCAUGUCCACUACAUUUACCAGCCCCUAAUUAUUAUCAAAAUUAAUAAUAAUUACAAGUACAGAUACAUGAAGACAUGAAAUUCAUUACGUUCAUUUUCCAACAUAAAGGAGAAAAAGUCUCAUCACAUUAGUCCAAGAGAUAAAUGUUCAUAAUCACGUAUUCAAUGUUCAUAACAGUUAUUUUUCGUCAAAUCCAUAGAUCAAAGUUUAUGUUAAAGCAAAAUGUCCAUCAAACUUCAAUCCAUAAUUAUUCAUCUUCUGCUUCCUAUAAAAGACAUAUUUUGGUUAUUGGUCUGUCCAGGUAGCUGCCUUUGGUUUUAACUUGCACAUGACGUACAAAUUCUCUUUUGAGUAAACAAAACCAGGAAUCGCUUGGCACUGGAUGGAACUCUGUCAUCCAUCAUGACAGUGAAAAUGGCUGGCCUGGAACCACUGUGUUUCAAAUGGGAGCCCCCAACUCCUGUGCUGAAGGCCUCAAAACCUGCUACCAACACCUACAAUAAACAACAUUAUUAUCUCUCUCUCUCACACACCUGCACUAAGAAAUGCUGAAUUAAAUAAUUUUUUAAUUGUACGAAUCUAAGUAUUCCAUUUCCCAGAUCAAACCAUCGAUCGUAACCAAAACCCCUCCACCAAAACCUCACACUCAACUCAGUUCAAAACGUAGCCCUGCACAUUUAUUCUCACUUAAUACAUCAAAUCUGUCUUUCACUUCUUGUUAGUCUCCAUAGAGACCGACAAAAAUUGCCAGAGCCGACUAUAUUUCAAGUCGUCUCGGCGGGGUAUUGGGUAAAGUUUUCAAUUAGCAAUAAUCGCGCCUCGGAUAAACCUCAUAGGCUACGAUACUGCCACUGCGCAAAGCUAAAGAAUACAGCUUCUCCUGUCCCUACCACCCUGAACCUGCGACACUUUCCCAAGACGGUAACACGUGUGACGUCAGGACGCACUCAAGACAAAUUAAUUUUAUAAAAUAUAUUAUGUACUUAAAUGCCUUUGGUAAAUCCAGCGCUGUGUAUAAAAUCGCGCAAACGACCGUGAACAUUUUUAUUUAAGAAAUAAUAUUCGGUAAUAAGAAUAACGUUCGCGUUGCAUCAUGGGAGCGUAGUGACGUAGGAGACAUGGGGAGACGUCGGGUGGACUGAAGGUUUCGAAAGAAUCAGAAAAGCGAGAGCAUCGGUGAGUCUAAAGAUCUUCGUGAUGUUUUUCUUAGAGCUUAGAAGCAGCGAAAUAUUAAUUAAACUCUGAAAAUGUGAUUCAUAAAUCGUAAUAUAGGUGCAGGAUUGUGUGAGAACGUCAUGGCCACGUCACUCAAACCCGCAGUGCUUUGAACCACCACAAGAUGUCAGUAAAAGCUAAACCGUACAGCAGAGUUUAAACUUGCAUUCAUUCAUUAAUACAUAUAAAAUCGGGAAUGGAACGUCUUAGGUCAGUAGUCGGUACAAAGCAUAAUAAUAAUAGUAAUAUUACAGUAUAUUUAAAUCUUUAGAUUUGAUCUAAAAAGGCAUUAUGCCGUUUGUCUAGUGUUAUUAUUUCACCUAUUUUGAUGAAUACCAAAUAAUGUUUUUUAUGUUUAUUCGUGAUUUACAUGAUGUUUUGCAACAUCAAGUGUCAAGUGGUUCACAGUAGUCUGAUGUGAUGUUUCUUCAUUGUGCUGAUGCUGAUGCUGCUGACACAGAGCACAGUGAGACAGCGACACAUCGCCAUGGUGAAGUGAUGUCAGCACUCUGACUGACAGAAUGAAGUUUUGAGGAUCAGCAGAACAUUCAGUCUCACCAGUCAUGAGAAUUUCAUUUCUACAUCACUUCUUCAGUGUCAGACUUGCGACUCCAUUUUAAAAACUCAUAAAUCAUUCAGAUAUAAACUUACUGUUCUUAUUCUUCAAAAUGUGUCCUGUGGUUUCUUAGGACUGAUAAAUGUAGGACAUAUCUGUCUUUGAUUUAUUGCUGAAAAGUUUCUCUAAGAUGUUUGUCGCUGCACACUCGCUAUGCUGGAAAUAUUUUUCGGAGGAUGAAAAUCUGUAUCGUGUGAUUGAUUGACCUUCUUGAACGACACAGAGCCAUUGAUGUUUAUAAUGUAUGUGAAUGACCUAAAACUUAAUGAUACACCCACACAGUACCAGUCAUACUGCAACCUCUAUACGGCAUUAUUUAUUUAUUUAUUUAUUUAUUGUGUUUUUUUUAUAUACAAAAUUUAGUAAGGUAUUGGAGUCCCUAAGUAAUAUAUCAGCUUUUUUUACUUUCUCAGCACUUCUCUAUUAUUUCACUUAUUUUGCUUCAUACAAGUUUAAAAUAACAAGACUAUUUCCACUUUCUCAAUUAUAAAACAUGAAAGUUGUUAAAACAAUACAGUAAACCACAGACCUGCGUGAAAGAUUUGAAUGCAGAGAUGCUUUUUUUGGAACAAUCCCAUCACUUAAACAAGCAACAAACUGUAAGUAUACUGAAUGCAAUCGCUGUUGUAUGCCAAAGUCUGUCUCUGUCUCUGUCUCUGUCUCUGUCUCUGUCUCUGUCUCUGUCUCUGUCUCUGUCUGUCUGUCUCUCUGCCGUGCUGUUCUUGUGUGUUCAUUAGCCCCAUAUGAAAGUCUACAUGUUAAAACCAGCUGAAGUGCAAGAGCCUAUAAAAGCAGCCAGAAGGGCAUGCCACCUCUCUUUUGAUUCGGUUCCGGAUCUCAGGUCUGGAAAUAGAGAUUAACAGAUGGCGAAGUGAUGGCAUUGGAUCAGGCGGAGCGGCCUGGCCACGCCCACGCUGCACCCGCUGUACCGUGAAAUCACCGGGGGUUUACACUGUGCCCACACAAGAGCUCUUGCUCGAUUUCCGUCUUUCUCUCCAUUUCUGUAUAUAAGCAAUAGCUGAAAGCACACAAGUUCUGCAAUUGCUGAGAGGAUGUAAAAUAUGACUCAUUUGAUAACUGGAUUUAUAUUCUCAGAUAAAAACGCAAGGGUAAAACUUGUUGAGUUGGCCUGACUAUUUUUACAAGACUCCUCAUGCCUAUGAUAUGCAUAGAUGUUAGAAAUAACAUACUGUAGAUGUUUUAAUUUUGGCAUCAAAAUGCAUUGACAGAAACCCAUGAAGUCUUUGGUUUUGGAUGAAUGAGGAAGGAGAAUCGGAUCAGGUUGAGUGGAGGAAGAGUCUGUCUCUUCAUCUCUCACUCCACUGAGCUGCGCCACCAAUAAACACCACAACUACACAACACAAGCUAUGCAAAACAAAUAGGAAUGUAUGACAGGAGCUGUUCUCAAACCACACAGGUGGUCACACCAGCAAAACGCAAAUGAGCAUUUUUAAAUGUCUUCAGGCUGUGGGGGAUUUGUCAUUCCCAUAAUGCAUUCUGUAGCUCAGUUGGUGAAGCACUGUGUUAAGAGCACAAAGGUUGUGUGUUUGACGCUAAUGAAAUGUAUGCCUUGAAUGCAUUGUAACUUGCUUUGGAUAAAAGUGCCAGUUUCUAUUUUGUUUUUCAAAGCAAAACGUACAAACAAGCAGAAUUCAAGAAAGUUUAGAGACUUUAAAGAUGUACUGUAAAAAAUUCUACUUGCAACACGUUGUCUUAACAAAGUCAAUAAAGUAACUUCAAGAAAGUUUUUUCUAGUAAGAUCGAGUCAAUUUAUUGUUUUGUGUACACUGUACACUGAACUUAGAUACUAAAGUGCUUGUCCAAAACAUGUCAAAACCUUUUAAAAUUCCCAAACAGUUAUCUCAAAUGAUUUUACAAUAAACAAAGGUUUGAAAGUUCCCAGCACUUCCCAGUUUUCACUGUUUAGUGUUUGCCGGCUUUAUUUAUGCUGUUGUUGUUGUCACUGUUAGUUAUUUGUUGUGUUUGGAAUGCACUUUUAAUGUGUGAUGUUUGACUAUUGUCACCAUGACUGAGGUUUGUGUGUUUGGUGUUGAGCUCUAAGUCAGGGUUGCCAGAUUGGCAUACUGCAUCUUGCAAUUGAUCAAACUAUUGACCAUCCCCAUUUCUAAACAAAGAAGAGUACAAAUAAUUGUAUUACCUUAAAAUAUGGCCACGGGUGAAGAAAAUCCCUUUACUUGUAACCUGGAGCAGCGAUAUAUAAAGAAAACGUCAGAUCUGGCAACCUUGGUCUCCGUGCAUGCAAUUCAUCUGACCAACACACAAACAAAGGAACUAUUCACGUUAUGAUUACUAAAAUUUUACUGUACGCGUUUACUACCCUGUACAAUGUCUCUUAUAUGUUAUUAUCCCCCAUUUUCUGUAAAAUAGUCUUUAUUUUAUAUAUGCACAAUUUAGAAUCUUUUAGACUGUAAAUCGUAUUAUAUUGUAUUGUCAUUGUGUUGAAUGUCUGUACUAGAAGCUUCCAACACCAAAGAAAAUUCCUUGUGUGUGCAAGCAC